AUGUAUUGGUCUCAAGAUUGCUUGGAGCUGCUCAUCAAGGAGAUGCCUUAUGUAGUGUUCAAACAUGUCUUUCACAACAACAGAUACAUGAUGCUCUACAAUCAUUAUUCAUUGAUGAAGCAUGCUGUGCAGCAUGGACAGCUCGAUAUGUACAAGCUGCUUGAGACUCAGGCACUAGACCAUGCAUUGGACAUACUUCCCAUUCCAUACCACUCAUCUCCCUCAUAUUAUCUCAUAUUGGCACUCAAUCAUGGUCAGGCCUCAGUGUUCAACUAUCUCCUCUCAUUCGAGACGAAACAAUCAAUGGAAAACAUGAUACAGGGGGGCAAGCGAACAUUAUCCUCCUUCCUAAACUCCUUUGACAAGGUAGACAUGUCAUCUCUACUAAAGUCGUUGAUCACAUUCGUUGAGACUCACUACAAUACGGCCAUGUCUCUGAUACUCAGGUCGGUGAUCACAUUCAUUGAUACUUAUUACAAAAUGGCCCCAUCAAAAUGCACUCCAUCAAACGUAAUCAGUCAAUUCAAUCCAUUUGCAAUGUUACUUAUAUGCCAGGACAUUGGUUUGGCUCAACUAGCAAUCAAGUAUGUGGAAUUUGAUGCCAACCAACUUUACACAUAUUGUAAUUUUAUCUUUGGUCAUGAUAUUGAGCAUUACCAUGCACACUUCAUCCCCUCAGGAAGCGAGAUCGAUGUGCAGGAGCUCAAGCACACAGUCGAGUUCCUCUUUGCACUCUUGAAGCUCUAUGGCCGACAUGUAGAGUGCACUAAAGAGCAACUCCCAAGAUGCUUGGAUGUGCUUACCGAGUUUGGCGUUCUCAUCACAGACAUCUUUGUGAUCAUGUCAUCACAGAACAUCUUGCCACCUAUCCGGUCCUACAUCAGGAGGGAUAUCUUCACCAACAUCCGCCAGGAUUGCAGUGAUCAUUCACGUCAGAUGUUCAUUCAGUUCUUCAUGAAACAAUCAUAUGGUCAUGAUGGCCAGGGACUGUGA